AUGUUCACCUUCAGAGCUCUGCUGUGCCUGGGGACCCUCCCUAAGCCUGUCCUCAGAGCACAGCCAGACCUCGUGGUCUCCAAACAGACUAAUGUGACCUUCUUGUGUGAGGGUACAACAGGAGCCAAAGAGUACUCUAUCUACAAAGAUGGAAGUCAAUAUACACGGUUCACACAGAUUCUCCUAAAGCCUGGGAACAAGGCUGAAUUCUCCAUCACAAAAACUGAGCAGCACCACGCAGGGAGAUAUCAAUGUCGCUAUCGGACCCAUGAUGGAUGGUCUGAGUACAGUGAGUCCUUGGAGCUUGUGGUGACAGGAGCACACAGUAAACCCAGCCUGUCAGCCCAGCCCAGCCCUGUGGUGACUGAAGGAGGAAACAUCACCCUCCAAUGUGACUCAUGGGAGGAAUAUGACAGGUUCAUUCUGACUAAGGAAGGACCACAGAAGCUCUCCUGGAUUCUGGGCUCACAGUAUAAUUCCGCAACUGGACAAUUCCAGGCUCUAUUCUCUGUGGGCCCUGUGAUCUCCAGUCAAAGAUGGAUAUUCCAAUGCUACAGCAAUGACCUGAACAGACCACAGGUGUGGUCAGAACCUAGUGAUCCCCUGGAGCUCCUGCUCUCAGGUAACCUCCACAAACCCACCAUCAAGGCUGAGCCAGGCUCUGUGAUUGCCUCCAGGAGUGCCGUGACCAUCUGGUGUCAGGGGAGCCUAGAUGCAGAAAUAUAUGUUCUGCAUAAAGAGGGAAGCCCAGAAUCCUGGGGCACACAGCCGGCAGAGAAACCUGACAACAAGGCCAAGUUCUCCAUCCCUUCUGUGACACAGCAACAUGGGGGAAAAUAUCGCUGUUACUGUUACAGCUCAGCUGGCUGGUCAGAACGCAGUGACCCCCUGGAGAUUGUGGUGACAGGAAUCUACAGAAAUAAACCGAUCCUGUCUGCCCUGCCUGGCAAUGUGGUGACCACAGGAGGAAACAUGACUCUUCAGUGUGUUUCAUUGAGGGCAUAUGACAAGUUCAUUCUCUCCAAGGAAGAUGAGAAGUUCUCCAGCUCCCUGGACUCACAGUAUAUACGCCAUAAUGGGUACUACCAAGCCAUGUUCUCUAUGGGUCCUGUGACCCCAGUACACAGAGGAACAUUCAGAUGUUAUGGCUACUACAAGGAUACCCCACAGUUCUGGUCAGUACCCAGUGACCCUCUGGAAAUACACUUCUCAGGGCUGUCCAAGAAACCCUCCCUUUUAAGUCACCAAGGCCAUAUCCUGGACCCUGGAAAGAGUCUCACAUUGCAGUGUUGCUCAGACAUCAACUAUGAUAGAUUUCUUCUGUACAAGGUGGGCACAACUAACUUCACCCAGCAUCAUCACAAAUGGACCCAGGCUGGUCUCUCCUUGGCCAACUUCACACUCGGCUCUGUGAACAGCUCUACUGGAGGCCAAUACAGAUGCUAUGGUGCACACAACCUCUCCUCUGAGUGGUCAGCCUCCAGUGACACCUUGGACAUUCUGAUCUCAGGACAGCUUUUCUUCCCUGCUUUCCUCUCAGUGAAGCCUAACUCAACAGUACAUCCAGGAGACAACGUGACCCUUCUGUGUUGGUCAAGAGAAAGAGUGAACACUUUCAUUCUGUACAAGGAGGAGGCAGUCCAUCAUCCCCAGCGACUAAAAUCUAAGGUCCAAGAUCAGCACUUCCAGGCAGAAUUCUCCAUGAGUGCUGUGACCUCUGCCCUUUCAGGAAGCUACAGUGCCCCCGUGGAGCUCAUUGUCUCAGGACCCAUUGGAGUCUCCAGCCCACCACCCUCAAGGCCCAUGACAACAGCUGGUUUGGAAAAAUACCUCCAGGCUCUGAUUGGGGCAUCUGUGGCCUUCAACCUGUUCCUCUUCAUCCUCAUCUUCCUCCUCAGGCAAAGGAAACAGGGCAAAUGCAGGAAGGAUGCCCAGAAAGAGACAGAAUUGCAACUUCCUACAUUCUUUUGUUCUUCUAUGACAGAUGCUUCAGUGGAGAAAAUGCAGCCUGAGCAUGGUGUGGAGCUGGACAGUUGGAGACCAACUGAGGCAGGCCCCUUGGGUGAUAUACAUGCCAAGGUGAAACCCUCCAGGCUCAGGAGGGCAGGAGCUGUCCUACCUUCUGUCAUGUUAGGAGAAGUCCUGGACACAAAAGAUGGACAAGCAGAAAAGGACAGAGUGAUGGACACUCAGACUGCACAAUCUGAAGAGCCCCAGGAUGUGACCAAUGCCCAGCUGUGCAACAUGAAGCUCAGACAGGAGACAGCUGCACCCCCUCCCUCGCAGGCAGGGAAUGUCCCAGAGGAGCCAGUCUAUAUACUGGUUUUGCAGUAA